AGUUGACAGCUUUUUUAUUUCACAUAAUGCCAUUGUCGUAAUUAUGUUUUUAUUAAACCUAAUUAUCUAACUUAUGUACCUACACAAAAACUAUUGCCUCGAUUAAUAUAAAUUAUACUGUAAUUACCAUUUUUAUACAACAUAUAAACAAUUUAGUUAGAGUAGUAGUUUGCUAGGAAUUCAUAGUACAUAAUUGACUUUCUAUUUUGAAACUACUUUUUUGAAGUAUUUUGAAAUAGUAUUCUGAUUAUUUCAAUUCAAAGUAAAUGUGAUUUCGGUCAGAUUAAAAUGUUCGAGAAAUUAAAAUUAUAACGUGUGCUAUAUCAUAUAAUAAUCUACCGUUAGAUGAAUUCACUUUUUUAAAGAACAAAACAAUAAACAAGAUUGUAUGAUAAAACUGUUAGGCGCUACGCAGCGCUGCGUUUCGAACUUGCUUUCCACAGGUCGUCGCUCUUCAGUUCGUCGCCUCUCGUUACGAAAGUUAGUCGCGACGAUGAUAGCCCUUGCCGUCGCCGCCGGUGUGUUCGCAGCCGCUUGGCUCAACAUAGGUUUCUAUUAUUCUCUCACAGCUUCCGUGCUUCUGGUUGUUCUAUAUUUGAUACUCGUUCAGAAAAAAUUCUGCUACGUGGCGAUAAAAACGAUUCCACGGGAUGUAAAGGCAUUAUACACAUACAUACAGAUAUUAUGGAUAACUCGAAAGUUCAGCAAGUUGAAUCUCACUGUACCAGAUAUAUUUCAUGACACAGUGCAAAAGCAUCCAGAUAAAGCAUGUUUCUUAUUCAAGGAUGAAGUAUGGACAUUUAAAGAGGUGGAAGAUUACAGCUUACGUGUAACAGCGGUUUUGAAAUCGCAAGGCGUUAAGAAAGGAGACAUUGUUGGUCUCCUUUUCAACAAUUGUCCCCAGAUGCCGGCUGUAUGGAUGGGUAUAGCCCGUCUCGGCGGCGUUGCACCUCUGAUUAAUACGAAUCAGAGAGGCAACGCUUUAUUGCAUUCCAUAAACGUCGCUAAAUGCGAUUAUUUGAUAUUUUCCGACGAGUAUCAAUCAGCCGUUCAAGACGUAGCGGGUCAAUUGAGUCCGUCAUUAAAACUUUACAAAUUCACUCACCGCGACCUGAACAGUUCGAGCGGAAAGUCUGGGGAGGGCGGCGACGCGAUCCAAGAUUUUACAAACUUAUUGGAAACGACGCCGCCUGCGACUUGGACGUUGGCUGACGGAGAGGGAUUCGAAGGCAAACUGCUGUAUAUAUAUACGUCCGGAACUACAGGGCUUCCUAAGGCAGCUGUUAUAUCGAAUGCGAGGUUCGUAUUCAUGGCAGCGGGUAUCCACUUCUGGCGUCUCAAUUCUUCAGAUAUCAUAUAUUGUCCGCUGCCUUUAUACCACACAGCGGGAGGAGUGAUCAGCGUGGGCCAAGCACUGAUUCUUGGAUGUACAGUCGUAUUGAAAGCUAAGUUCUCAGCUUCGCAAUACUUCCCUGAUUGUGCGAAAUAUAACGCUACGGCCGCCCACUACAUAGGCGAGAUGUGUCGUUAUGUCCUAGCGACGCCGCCGUCGCCCGCCGACACGCAACACAACGUGCGCGUCAUCUACGGGAACGGACUAAGGCCACAAAUAUGGACGGAGUUCGUAAAAAGAUUUAAUAUUAAAUAUGUAACGGAGUUUUACGGGGCAACAGAAGGCAACGCUAAUAUAGCGAACACUGAUGGUACUCCAGGAGCCAUUGGCUUUGUGUCACGGAUCAUUCCGAGAGUUUAUCCGAUCGCCAUCAUCAAAGUAGACCAAGAGACAGGAGAACCGAUAAGGGACCAGAAAGGCCUUUGUCAGUUGGCCGAGCCGAACGAGCCGGGCGUGUUCAUCGGUAAGAUCCAGACGCGGAAUCCGGCGCGCCAGUUCCUCGGCUACGUCGAUAAAUCCGCGUCCGAGAAGAAAAUCGUCAGGGACGUGUUUGAGCAUGGCGAUUCUGCCUUUAUAUCCGGCGACAUCCUGGUGGCGGACGAAUUAGGUUAUCUGUACUUCCGCGACCGCACCGGAGACACGUUCCGGUGGCGCGGAGAGAACGUCUCCACCACAGAGGUCGAGGCGGCCGUGUCUAGAUGUGCCGACCAUAGAGACGCCGUUGUCUAUGGCGUAUUGGUGCCGAAUAUCGAAGGUCGGGCGGGUAUGUGCGGGCUGGUGGACGCGGCGGGCACGCUGGACCUGCGCGCGCUGCACGAGCGUCUGGCGCGCGACCUGCCCGUCUACGCGCGACCAGUCUUCAUGAGGAUCAUGGACAGCGUCGAUAUGACCGGCACAUUUAAGAUGAAAAAGACUGAUCUCCAAAAGGAAGGUUUCGACCCGGCUUUGGUGAAGAAAGACAAACUUUACUAUUUAGAUCCGAAAUUGGGACAGUAUCUGCCCCUGGGGAAAGAGGAAUACGAGAAAAUCGUCAGCGGACAAAUCAGGCUGUGAUGCUUAACGUUUAUUAACGCGACAAAACAUUUCUGGAUAAUCUCAACGGCAUUGUGAAUGUCAUGAGUCUUCUGUGACAAAUAUUGACUUAAUAUGAAAUGUAUUUAUCGAUAGCAAUAGCAAAAAAAAACAAUAUUCGAAUUUGAUAUCGACUUUAACACAUUGACUGCCGUGUAGGUCACCGGUGACCUGCAUGGCGCACUGAAUUAAUUAUGUUUAUUUUACUAAGCGCCUAGAUUGCCUAACUUUGCCUUUGGUUUGUUAAUGUAUGUUUUACCCUUUCAAGUCUCUUAGAAAUAAAUAUAUUUCCAGUACCUACAGAUUCGUCUUUCGUAGCGGCUACUAGAUAUUCCGUCGCCUUAGCAUGAAGAUCGAAAAGAGAAAUCCGCUUAAUUACUUCAGCGCGCCACGCAGGGCACCGGUGACCUACACGGCAGUCAACUUGUUAAAUCAUUUUAAAAGCGAAUAUUUAGUUUAAUUCUCGACGAACAAGCAAUAUAGUUGUGUGUUGUUUUGUUGACAACGUUUCGCUCAGUUUAAUAUGUACGAAUAGAAAAUACGCAUUUUAAUAGCAUUUUAAUUUUAGCGAUUUUAAUUUUAUUUUAGCAUUAAAUGACUAGAUCAGUGAUUCUCAAGCACUGUUCCGCGGCACUUUUGUGUGCCGCCAAAUUUCAAAAGUGUGCCGCCAAAUUUUGCGAAUAUAUAAUAAUGUUAAUAUUAUUAAAUUAUAUCAUUUUAAAAGAAAAAUAUUUGAAACAUGAAUAUAUAUUUAAAUCCACAAAAAAAAAUUAUAGUAUAUUUUAGUUUAUUUCGUAUAUUAAAAAUUUUUGAUAAACUAUUUAUGCAGUGUGUUGUAGUAAGUAAAUAAUUUUUAUCUUUUUUUUUUGUGUGCCGCCAAAUUUUGAAAUCGUUUAAUAUGUGCCGCAACAAAAAAAAGGUUGAGAAUCACUGGACUAGAUGUUGCCUUCGUUUGAUCAAAACAGCUACGGCUCAAUUUAAUUAAAGAGAUAUGGUGACGGGAAGCGUCUAACAACACGAAAGGUUUCAAGGAUUUUACGGUGGAAGUCGUUGUACGUUAAACUAUAUUAAAAGUUAUAUUAAGAAUUCUGUAUGUAUUUAUUUUGUGCGGCAAAUCAAGUUAGAUAAUGUACGUUAGGCGAGGACGCACUGAAUGUGCGGGCGCGGAGUGAAAGAGACAGAGAGCCUGGGAGAACUGCGCCGCAAAAUUUUAAUUUUUGAUGGUGCGUGUACAUGAGACCGCAGUAUACCGCGCUAAUGAAGGAAAUGUUAAUUUUAAUUUUAUUGCCUUAAUAAGCCGAAGCAUGCAGUCUACCUGGUGGAAAGUUGUAACUACCAUCCAUGGAUACUGGCAAUUCUUUUCUUUUUCCUACCUAUGCUGAUAGCCUUGAAAGGCUAUAUCAGCGUUACCCUAGCGUGUAGGUGAGCUCUCGGGAAUCAAACCGGAAGUAUUGCUAACACUGGCCCUAACAAGAGCAGUGCUUCGCAGAAUCUACCACCGGAUCGGAAACGCGACCCACUGAAAAGAUGCGGCAAGAAACUCAGUGGGCUGUGUCUAUGGGUUAAUUUACUCGCCGAGCCCUUCAUCGCAAGCGGCAGGCUCGGCGAGGACCGCGACCAGCUGGCUAUGCCAGGGGACAUCCACGCCAAGGGAGUCGCUUGGUGGGUACGGCUCUAAAACAUCCUUGGGCCCGCGGUCUGCUAAAUAUCUGCAGACCGUUAAGUCCCACCCGCGCGAAAACUUCGGCCCGCUCUCCAAAAAGGGGGGACAAUCGCGCCCCUGCCUAUCGUAAAUACGCCUUAAGCGUUUGAAGGUUAAAAGAACACGUCUCGCAACGUUCCAAAUGUGUCCGAUGUUCCAUAGGGGGGUAGGGGGGGAUGGACCCCAGAGUUUCAACGUACGUGGAAAGAAAGUUCUCUGAAGAGGCACUGUACCAGAGGUAAGUGGUCGCAGGUAAAACCUCUAGGAACUUUCCUCCCGUGGCUUAUGGUUCGAUGUUUAAAAGAAGAGGACGAUGCCAUCUCCAUCUUUGCAGCAUUCCAAGGUUACAGUGACAUUUUCGUUGUUGAAUGAAUGCAUUAAGCUCGUUGCCAAGGUGCUUCAAGGGGACGUAGAUUCGAGACAGCCCGUUUCACUAUGGUUUCGGUUUUAUUAAAGUCAAGUUCACGGAGCAUUUGUUGAUGGUUGUCACCAGUUUCGAUCAGACACUUACACUCUUCUGCUACUUUGCCAGACCAAUCUAAAGAGAGAAGAGAGAGAGAGAAAGAGUGAGAGAGAGUUAGAGUUUACUUUAUUACACAUGAAAACCUAAGUAACAUUGAAAAUCAGUUAAUAUAACAAUAUGUUGCCCUAAGCUAAAACUUCGUGAUCUAUCAAAAUAAAACAAACCUUUAAAUAUAUUAAUAUAAAACCUUUUCCAAUAAAAUUUUAAAUCUCGACUGAAUAUCAUUAUAUUUAAUUAUUAAUUUUAUAACACAAAUGAUUAUUUUUGUUAACGAGUUUAAAAGUUUGAUUUAAAAAAAAUACUCUUAAUGUCUGCGAUUUUAAUUAGUGUUGUAAAUGUACUUAAUUAUUUUUAUCAUUCUUGUUACGUUGUACUUUUGUACAUUAGGUGUGGGAAAUAUAUCAUUGCUUUGUGAUUAAAUACUUAUUUCUCAUGAUAAUCGAAAAAAAAUAUGAAAAAUAUUUUUUGUAAAGUUGUAAUUAAUUUUUAUCGUAAUUAAUGACGGCCUUGCCAGUUGCAAAUUUAUGUUUACGAGACGGGAAUAUUUUUAUAGAACCGAAUACCAUUUAACCCAUCUAGCCCGGAUUCCCGUAAUAGGUUCACUGACCUCUACAAUGAUGUGAUCGAUUAUUGAUUAUAAAUUUUAUUAUUGAUUAUAAAUUAUGUUCUACAUAGGUAUUUAACAAUGUUUUAUUAUUUAAAAGAUUCAUGUGACAUCACUAUUUUUAACUAGCAGAAUAAACUGCACACAACAUUAAGAAAAAUCGUUUUCAAUGACCUGUAUACAUGAUUCUUCAUUCAAAAUCUUAUUGCAAUUUUCUGUUUUUAUAGUUGCAUACAAGUUUUUGACUUGUAAUAACUUUGUCUUCUGUAAUCUAUUUUCUUAUUGCAAUGGCAGUUGAGUUACACAGUCUACGUAAUGUUAAGACGCGGUCGAACGCCAUAGACAACUUAAUGUCCGAGAGGGCUAGUGGUUGUGACGCCGACGAUCACUGGCCCGGCGUCCCGAGGGGGAGGGUGAUGGGAGAGAUGUGCUCCGCACUAAACGCUUCACUCUCCUCCCCUUGCCUUUUCAUGAGUUCUGUCUCGUUAGACGUUGGUUGUUGAGCGACAGGAGGUUUUAGUCGGUUCGACUCCGACAUGCCCCACCCUCCAUCCCCAGUGGAGGGUGGGAGUCCGGCGUUUCCUAUUGACAUAAAAAAAAAAAAAACAACUUAAUGUAAUAAAUGCGCAGCAGAAACCAAUAAGAUGAUGGUGCAUAUCCGUGCGGACUUACAAUACACUCUGCCUUCAGAGAAGUCAAUUAGAGCAAAUGUUUUCAAUAUGCAUGUACAUUGCAUGUUAUUCUUGGUAAUUAAAAUACAGGGGGAACAGGUUUUUGCUCAGUAUGACGUAUCAACAAAAACCGAAUCCAUGAUUCGAAUGAAAGUAAUUUUUUUAUCAGAAUUUCAACAUUAAAUACUCUUGCGAUACAAAGUACGCACCUCCAUGAAAAAAUACGAAAUGGAGAUAUAAUUAAAAAUUACUCGUCUAGAAAAUUUACCGACUGCACUGUUUUUGUUUAUAACAUAGUUUCACCUAAUUUUAUGGUAGGGGGAUAUGUUGGAUUUGUUUAAUAAAUGCCUAUAUUUUCUGAA